CCAAAACCACUAUAACGCAACACACGUCGUUAAAUCUAAAAUAAAUAAAAUCUUCGAAGCUUUUGAUUUUCAAAUUUUUCAUUCUUAUUUUGAUCUUUUUCUUCUUGUUUCUUUCUUACUUACUUACUUAUCCAUACACUCUCUUUAUUUCUAGAUAAGUAAAGAUGGUUGCUCAAUUGAUCGAUGGUAAGGCUAUCGCUUUACAACUUCGUACCACGAUUCAUGAUGAAAUCAAUCAAAUUCAAGCUAAACAUCCUGAUUUUAAACCAAGUUUAACUAUUAUUCAAGUUGGUGAAAGACCAGAUUCUUCCACUUAUGUUAGAAUGAAGUUAAAGGCUGCUGAAGAAGCUAAUAUCGAUUGUAAGAUUAUCAACUUACCUGAUUCAACCACUGAAUUUGAAAUCUUGAAUGAAAUUCAAAAAUUAAAUGAUUCAUUAAAUGUUGAUGGUAUUUUAGUUCAAUUACCUUUACCAGCUCAUUUAGAUGAAGCUAAAGUUACUUCAGCUGUCUUGGCUUCUAAAGAUGUUGAUGGGUUUGGUCCUUUCAAUGUUGGUGAAUUAUCUAAAAAAGGUGGUCAACCAAAUUUCUUACCUUGUACUCCAAAGGGUAUUAUUCAUUUAUUAAAUGUUUCAAAUGUUCCUAUUGAAGGUGCUAAUGCCGUUAUCUUAGGUAGAUCUGAUAUUGUUGGUAAACCAAUUGCCAAUUUAUUAACCAAAGCUAAUGCUACUGUUACUGUCUUACAUUCUAAAACUCCUUUAAAUCAAAUCCAAGCUUAUCUUGGUCAUGCUGAUAUUGUCGUUGCUGCUAUCGGUCAACCUCAAUUCGUUAAAGGUGAAUGGUUAAAGGAAGGUGCUGUUGUCAUUGAUGUCGGUACUAACUUCAUUCCAGAUGCCACCAAGAAAUCAGGUUCAAGAAUGGUUGGUGAUGUUGAAUUUGAAUCAGCUAGUCAUAAAGCUGCUUUAAUUACUCCAGUUCCAGGUGGUGUUGGUCCAAUGACUGUUGCUACUUUAUUAGAAAAUGUGAUCUUAGCUUCUAAAAAACAUUAUUCUAAAAAUAAUGAAACUCCAAAAUUCACUAAUCCUUUAAGAUUAAACUUAUUAAAACCAGUUCCAUCUGAUUUUGAAAUUUCAAGAGCUCAACAACCAAAAAGAAUUAAUCAAGUUGCUGAAGAAGCUGGUAUUUUAGAUAGUGAAUUAGAACCAUUUGGUUUCUAUAAAGCUAAAGUUUCUUUAGAUUUAUUAAAAAGAUUAGACAAUAAAGUUAAUGGUAAAUAUGUCUUAGUUACCGGUAUUACUCCAACUCCAUUAGGUGAAGGUAAAUCAACCACCACUGUUGGUUUAGCUCAAGCCUUAGGUGCUCAUUUACAUAAGAAUGUUUUUGCCAAUGUUAGACAACCAUCUAUGGGUCCAACUUUCGGUAUUAAAGGUGGUGCUGCUGGUGGUGGUUACUCUCAAGUUAUUCCUAUGGAUGAGUUCAAUAUGCACGUUACUGGUGAUAUUCAUGCUAUUACCAUGGCUAAUAACUUAUUGGCUGCUGCUAUUGAUACUAGAAUCUUCCAUGAAAGUACUCAAAAGGAUGGUCCAUUAUAUAAAAGAUUAGUACCAGCCAAGAAAGGGGUUAGAACUUUCACUUCUUCAAUGUUAAGAAGAUUACAUAAAUUAGGUAUUACUAAAACUGAUCCUAAUGAAUUAACUCCAGAAGAAAUUACUAAUUUUGCCAGAUUAGAUAUUGAUCCAGAAACUAUUACUUGGAGAAGAGUUGUUGAUUGUAAUGAUAGAUUCUUAAGAGGUAUUACUAUUGGUGAAGCUCCAACUGAAAAAGGAUUCACCAGACAAACUGGUUUCGAUAUUUCUGUUGCUUCUGAAUGUAUGGCUAUUCUUGCUUUAGCUAACUCUUUAGAAGAUAUGAGAGAAAGAUUAGGUAAGAUGGUUGUUGCUUCAUCUAAAGCUGGUGUUCCAAUCACUGCUGAAGAUAUUGGUUGUGCUGGUGCUUUAACUGCUUUAUUAAAGGAUGCUAUUAAACCAAAUAUUAUGCAAACUUUAGAAGGUACUCCAGUUUUCGUUCAUGCUGGUCCAUUUGCUAAUAUUUCUAUUGGAGCUUCAUCUAUCUUAGCUGAUAAGAUGGCUUUAAAAUUAGCUGGUACUUCAGCUGAUCUUAGUCCAGAAGAAAGACAAGAACAAGAAGGUUAUGUUGUUACUGAAGCUGGUUUUGAUUUCACCAUGGGUGGAGAAAGAUUUAUUAAUAUUAAAUGUAGAUCUUCCGGUUUAGUUCCAGAUGUAAUUGUUAUUGUUGCUACUGUUAGAGCUUUGAAAGUUCAUGGUGGUGGUCCAGAAGUUAAAGCUGGUGCUCCAUUAGCUGCUGCUUAUACUGAAGAAAAUGUUGACUUAUUAAGAGUUGGAUGUUCUAAUUUAGCUAAACAUAUUGCUAAUGCUAAAUCUUAUGGUUUACCAGUUGUUGUUGCUAUUAACAAGAUGUCUUCUGAUAGUGAUAAAGAACAUGAAGUCAUUAGAGAAGCUGCUUUGAAUGCUGGUGCCGUUGAUGCUAUUGUUUCUAACCAUUGGGAAGAAGGUGGUAAAGGUGCUGUUGAAUUAGCUGAAGGUGUUAUUUCUGCUGCUAACUCUAUUGAUAAAGAUUUCAAAUUCUUAUAUGAUACUGCUCCAUCAGUUGAAGAAAAAAUUGCUACUAUUGCUAAGGAAAUGUAUGGUGCUGGAGAAGUUGAAUUUUUACCAGAAGCUCAAAAGAAGAUUGAUUUAUAUACCAAGCAAGGGUUUGGUAAUUUACCAAUUUGUAUUGCUAAGACUCAAUAUUCUUUAUCUCAUGAUGCUAACUUAAAGGGGGUUCCAACUGGAUUCAAAUUCCCAAUCAGAGAUGUUAGAGCUUCUAUUGGUGCAGGAUAUUUAUAUGCUUUAGCUGCUGAAAUCCAAACCAUUCCAGGUUUACCAACUCAUUGUGGAUUUAUGAAUGUUGAAGUUAAUGAAGAUGGUGAAAUCGAUGGAUUAUUCUAAUUGGUUUUUGUUUUCUUCUGUCUUCUAUUUCCUUUCUUCUUUCCUUUCCUUUCCUUUCCUUCCUUCUCUUUUGUUAACUAUUUCAUCUUUUCACUUUUUUACUGUUCUUGAUUGAAUGUUAAAAAGGAAAAUUAAAGAUAUUUAUCAAGUUUCAACACUAAUUGAUGAUGUCACGAAUUUUUAAUUGCAUUUUAUUUACUUAUUUACUUACUUAUUUUUCUUCUCUUUAUUCAAUUUUACUUUAUGUUUAAAUUGUUUAUUUACUUUUCUUAUUUUCUUUUUACACUUAUACACUUUUAGAUCACAUCAUGUUAGAUUAUUUUAUUUUUAUAUAUAUAAAUAGGUUUAGAUUAGAGUCUAAUAAUAAAAGGGGUUUCAACACGUUAAAAAAAAUCAUACCUAUAUCAUACUACAUUGAUAUUUGUAACUGGUGGAUGCAAAUAAAAUUGA